AUGCCGAAUGCAGAAGCAGUAUCGGGCGAUGCCCACCCAUCAGUUCCCUCGGACAUGAGAUCGUACGAUGAUCACACCAUGGGCACGUGCUUGAUGAUGUCUGUGAUGCAUCCCACACUACUGAGACGUGGUGACUGCGUGAUUCCUUCCAAAAACAUUGAGUCUGCUAAACUUCGCUAUGCCAGCAAGCUAUACAAAUCGUCAUUUCACCCUGACUCAGGCGAACUUCAGUAUCUGGUUGGGCGCAUGAGCUUCUAGGUACCUGAAGGUAUGCUGCUUACUGGGGCAAUGCUUGCCUUCUACAGGUCAACACCAGCAGUAGUAUUCUGGCAGUGGGUAAACCAGAAUUUCAAUGCGCUUGUGAAUUAUACAAACCGCAAUGCUGCCUCAGACAUCAGUACCACUCAGCUUGGUCUUGCCUACACUAGUGCAACAACUGCAGCACUAACAACAGCACUUGGCUUGAAAAAAUUUUUUGGUUCAUUCAAAAAAAUUUUUUUACUUCAGCGAUUUGUGCCGUUCAUAGCAAUGGCGGCAGCCAACAUGGUCAACAUACCGUUGAUGCGACAGAAUGAACUCAUUUCUGGUGUUGCCUUGGUGGAUGAAAAUGGCAACCACGUUGGAUACUCCAAGGUGGGCGCUGCUAAGGGCAUUAGUGAGGUGAUGGUGUCGCGUAUCGUGAUGGCCGCGCCAGGGAUGCUGUUGCUACCGCUGUUAAUGCAACGUGUGGAGACGCUGCGGUGGUACAGUUACGGUGUUCCUGGGCACAAUCCCAGUUCGACCUCCCCUGCAUGGGACUGCUACGUCCCAAACAGUUCCAUUGAAGUUACGAGCCUCGAGAAGCUUGAGCCUGGCGCGUUUAAGGUAUUGAGGGACUACCUUGGGUCUGAACGUCUUCCUCAGACCCUCUACUUCAACAAGGGUCUGUAAAUCAUAAGCCAGUGAGCUUAAGACCUCGGGGUCUGAACGCCUACCUCAGACCCUCUACUUCAACAAGGGUCUGUAAAUCAUAAGCGAGUGAGCUUAAGACCUCGGGGUCUGACUGCCUAUCUCAGACCUUCUACUUCAACAAGGGUCUGUAAAUCAUAAGCGAGUGAGCUUAAGACCUCGGGGUCUGACUGCAUAUCUCAGACCCUUUACUUCCUUGAAGGUCAAUAAAUUAAUUGAAAUAACUAAUCGCCAAGUUGUACUCAGAAAUACAGCUUUAUUUUUCUGAAAUUCACAGAAAAAAAACUUCCUUUCAGGCUAAAAUAUGGCCAUAUUAUGAUAUUUAUGAUAUUUUUACAUAUUUAAAUGGCCAAGAUAUUCUCUAUUUCAGGAUUUACUUCACCUUUGUUGGUAAUAUGGGUCAUAAAUUUAAAUAUAAGUCCAUGCCAACGAAUUUUCAACAUUGAUACCAGAAUUAUUGAUGAACGCAGCAGAAUCAUUGGAAUUUCUUUUUAUUUUCUUAUUUUCUCCCUUAAGCAAAGCAUUAAAUUCGUAAUAAUUUAGAUCAAGUGAGUUCACAUUAUACAUGUGAACUAAUUAUAGCGCAGCUAUAAUUAGUGAAUUAGUGAUUAGAUUAUAUCGUGUAAUAUUUUUAUAUUUUUGUUGUUACGAAAUUGAGACGUCAUUCCGUAUUACUGGUCCUCAUUUAGCAGAUUAUGCGCGUUAAAACUUAAGUUUUAGCGCGAUUAUUUUUCUUUGACAAAGAAAAAGAGGAAAAGGAGCAUCUGGCGUAAGCCUAUGGGUAUUUGUUCCAUCCAUGCAGAAAUAUUCUAUCCGUUGCACAAAUAUAGUUGCACGUUUUGUAUACUGUCACGACAAUUGUUAAUUUUUUAUAUUAGAUUCAAACUUUUUUGUAGGUCUUUGAUGAAAUUCGUCUCAGUUAUAAAUUAUUAGUAGUGAAUAAGUAAAAUUUUAUGGCCUAUUUUCAAUGUAUUUUUGAAAAACACUGAAUUUGAUCAGUGUUUUUCAAUGACACUGUAGUUCCGCGAUUCUGUCGCCACAAAGCGCGAUUGCAACUGCUGUACUAUGCAGUUUUUUUAUUUUUAAAUGACAAAUAAUUAUUUUAUUGUGUCCAAUUUUUGGUUGUAUUUUAAUUUAGAUAGAUAACGUGAUGUUGGUAUCAUGUAUUGCUACGGUUAUUGUUUGGAUGGUGUUAAAUUGCAUAAUAUAAUUUAGAUUCGUUGUGCAUUGUUAUCAACUUAUGCAAUAUGUUAUGCAUUGUUAUGACUGCAACAGCAAUAUGACUGAUUAUAUAUUGAAUCCAUAUUGAAUCCAACAUAUAUUGAAUCCAUCGUUGAAUCCAUAAAUUCAAGAUCAGCAAUAAAGAAAACCAUCAUCGUUGAAUCCUUCAGGGCAAGAUAAACAAUGAAAGGGAUAUGACUGUGCUGCUCUAGCCUAUAUAUUACUACAUUAGUUCGUCAUCAGCACGUGUGAUGUAUAACGGAAUUUUGCAAUCUAUGUUACGACAAUUUUAAGAGCGUAAUAUUGCGUAUCUCUUGUCACGUAAGUUAAUAAAGUGAAUGAUUCUCGCACCGGGCGCUGCUUUAGUAUGUGUAAAAUUAUCCUGUUUUGCAGAGCCGUAAUCAUAGCGUUGUCAGGGUUAUUUUCAAUGCUAGUUGCUAUAGUAGAUCUACGUUCCUUGAAUCAUAAAUACGAAGUGGUGUAGUCUGCUGCUACGUGCACUAAGAAAGAUGACUGGAACAUAUUGUUCAAAUAGUGACACACUCUCUUACCCCUAGCGCGAGCAGCUAGCGGAAGUAGCACUGAUAGAGGGGAGCGCAGCCGUGUACCACCAAUUUUGUGCACCAAUAAGCCUUGAA